GACAGCGCCGGCCGAAUCCUGCCAUGGAGCCGAGGGUCGUCAAGCCGCCGGGGCAGGACCUGGCAGUGGAGCGUCUCAAAAGCCGCUACGGACUAGGGGGCGGCGGCCUGGCCGAGUAUGAUUUUUCAAAUUUUGAUCAGGUUAAAUGUAAGAGAAGAUCUCUGACCUCCCCAGAUCAUUUUGAUAGCUACUCAUCUGGAGAUAAAGUUGGUUCAUCAUUAAGGUGUUAUUCCAAUGAAAGAAAGCACUGCAGAACACCUCUUUUUAAUUCAUUCAAGCACUUAAGUGUGAAUUGGCUAGGUGAUGAACUGGAAUCUUCUCAAGAUUUGAAGCAACAGGAAACAGAAGAGUUAAUUGACAGUGAUCAUAGAGUUAGUACUUCUAAAAUAACCACACAAUCCUUUAAAGAAAUAGAAAAAGGUUUCCAACCAGCUAAUAUGGCAUCAGAUUCAAGAAAUUUGACUGAAUGUUGUAGUGAUGUGGAUGAUUCUCCAUUGAAAUCUGCCAGCUACACAACAUCUAAAGCAUCAAACAAACGUUUACUUCCACAUCAGAUCAAUCAAAUAUAUGAUGAAUUAUUUCACAUACAUCAGAAACUGCAGUGUGAAACUGCAGCACAACAGGAAUUUGCUGAAGAACUUCAAAAGCGAGAGCGAAUUUUAGUUGAACGAGAACAACUACUUUUCAGACAUGAAACUGCUUUGAGUAAAAUUAAAGGUGUGGAAGAAGAGGUUCUUACAAAAUUUCAGAUUAUAAAGGAGCAACAUGCUGCAGAAGUUGAACACUUAACUGAAGUUCUUAAGGAGAGAAAUAAAGAAAGCAAAAGGCUUAGAACCUCUUUUGAUGCAUUGAAAGAAUUGAAUGAUAACUUAAAAAAGCAGUUAAAUGAAGUAAGUGAAGAAAACAGAAAGAUGGAGAUUCAGUCAAAAAGAGUCCAAGCUCGUUUAGAUAAUUUACAGAGGAAGUAUGAGUUUAUGACAAUACAGAGAUUGAAAGGAAAUUCUCAUGCUGCUCAUGAAAUGAAAAGUUUAAAGCAAGAAAAAGUACCAGUUUCAAAAACUUACAAGACACCACUCAAUGCACAAGCUUAUGAACUUUUAACUGUCUUCAUGGACUGGAUUUCAGAUCAUCACCUGAGCAAACUGAAAAAUGAAGAGUGUGGAGCAGAUAGCGAAAAGCCACUGCACAAAUUUCCUUCUCAGAGAAAUGAUAUUCAGGAAAAAUGUGUAAAGCUUUUGCCUGGGAUGACAGAACAGUUACAGUGGAUGCCAUUUGUGAAUGCCAAACUCCAUGAACCUUUUAUAAAAUUUAUAUAUUGGUCUCUAAGGCAGCUAGAUGCUGGGACACAGCAUUCAUCUAUGACAUCAACAUUGAGGAGAUUGGGUGAAGAUAUAUUCAAGGGAGUAGUAACUAAGGGAAUUCAGGAUAAUUCUUUAGCACACUCUGUGGAGAAUAAGCCAAAGACAGCUGUUUUCUUCAAGAGCUCCAAUUUACCACUGAGAUUUUUAUCAACUUUAAUUGUUCUCAAAACAGUCACUCAAGCUGACUAUCUGGCUCAGGCAUUUGAUUCUCUUUGUAUGGACUUAAAGACAGAUGAAGGAAAAGUCUUGUUUUUGGAGUAUCAAGCUGUUCCAGUAAUUUUAAGUCAUCUAAGAAUAUCCAGUAAAGGACUCCUAUCUAAUGUCAUUGAUAGUUUACUUCAGAUGACAGUGGAAUCUAAAUCCUUGCAACCUUUUCUGGAAUCCUGUAGCAACACUUUGUUUUUUCGUACUUGCUCUGUGCUGCUUCGAACCCCUAAGCUUGAUCUUCAAAUACUAGAAAAGCUCAGUAUUAUUCUGCAGAAACUUUCUAAAAUCAAGAGUAAUAAGAAGCUUUUUGAACUUUUUACAAUUCAUCUGAUGCUUCAAGAAAUACAAAGGACAACACAUCCAGAGCACGCCUUUCUCUGUAUUAACCUAAAUUCAACUUUGUUCAAUUUGGGUUUAACAAAAUGCAAUUCCCUGGUCUCCAAUGCAAGCCAUUAGACUGGCUUAUUAUUACUUCUCAAAUAUUUGUGUUGCUUAUUUGUAAGAUUAUAAAAAUCACCAAAGUAACUAAAAAUCUAACAAGUAAAGUUAUUAGUAGCAUCAUUUAUCAUGAAAAGUAGAAUUUUUUUAACUUUUAAAAUGAAAUCUACACUUCCAUGGAAUUUUUGAAUUUUUGUUUUAAUCUCAGCUUCAGGUAGUGCUAAGUAUACAGGAUGGAUUUUCCAGAAUUAAUAAUACUGGGGCUAAUUUUUGUAAAAAGUUUUAGGAAAGUUUUUUUUAAAUUGUGUGAUUACUUGGAAUAAAAUUGGCAU